CCUCCUCUUCACAACCACUUCACCGUCAUGCGUCCCUCCACCGGCCUCGUUGGCCUUCUUCUCGUUGUGGCGCCCGUCGUUCUCGCUCAGGGCAAUAACCCACCGCCUCCGCCUCCAGCAAGCAGUAAUGCUCCACAACCAUCAAACACAGACAGGCCGGCCGACUCCUCAAAGCCGCCCGAGUCUUCGAGACCAGCCGAGUCUUCGAGUCCACCAGCCUCGUCCUCCCAACCUCCUAACAGGGUUUCUGAUGCUCCGCAGUUGACCAGCAGCCAGAGUAGCAGCAGUAGCAGCAGCAGCAGCAGUGAAUCGAUGACUCAGGCACCAAAUCCAGCAACCACUGCUGCCAACAACCGCUUCUCAGAUGCAGCAACCAUCGCUGGUGUGGGUGUGCCGCCGAUGAAAGUCCCAGACACCGCUGCUGCCCCCUACAUGCAAAAGUCAAGUUUGCCAGACGGAACCGUCUUCAUUUGCGUAGGUGCGAUACUCGCGUUUUUGGGCGCGGCUGUGCUUGCCUGGAGAGGCCUCGUCGCCUGGUCGUUGCACCGUUCGGUCAAGCAAGCAGCCAGAGCUCAGAACAUGGCCGACCUCAAAGCCAUGUCGGCAGUGCCAGGCAAGAAGCGAGGCAUGUACAACGUCGUUGGCGCCUCCUCCAACAUGUCCCUCGAUCACCUUGCUGCAGCCCCAACCGGUACCUCGAGGCCACCCAAGCCAUUUGCCUCGGGCAAUACGAACACACCACCCAAGGCAGCCUCCUCACUUUUCUUUUCGCCUACUGCAGGUGGCAGCACUGGCUUGCGCGACUCCAUGGUAAACCGUUCGUCGACAUAUCUCCCAGCGGGCUACUAUGCUUCCGGAAACGCUCAGCCCGCCCAAGGCUCUCCGGUUACGCAUGUAGGCGGACAAAAUCCUGGUCACCUAUCCACCUACUCGGCUCAUGCACCUGGCAACCGCUUCAGUGCACGCUCCGGUAUCUCUCCUCCAGUGUCUCCUUCUCUUCCUCCAUCUCGUGGUUAUGACCGAGCCCCUCCUUCUAGGGACGGCACUACUGGGUACCGUAAUAGUGUUGCGACUCUCGGCAGACCGUCACAGCAAAGUGUGUAUCAGCAAGACAACAGCAAUCCUAGCCAGCUUUCUUUGAACGUACCUGGAGGCACAAAUGUUCCAGGAGGUCGAGCACCCAGCGCGUAUCUGGAAGAUCUCUUCGAGAACCACGGCAAUGGGCCCAGGGAUAGAGUUUAG